AUGAAGCCCCAGGACCAGCCGAGCCGGCGUGCCGGUAGCUUCCUCAGCCUAGGAGUGGAAGAGGGUGGUGGAGAACUGCAUGAUGUGAAGCCUGUGGGGAUCUCGCUCUUCAGAGGUGGAGAAGAGGAAAAGGGUAUGCAGCCGGAACCUGAGCAGAGAGCAGCAUCAGCAGAAGGAAAAGAGAUAGGAGCUGAAGAAGAAGCGAAAGAAGGCAGUAAUGGUGGCCUGGGUGGCUCAGGUGCCCCUGUUACCAUUAAGGUUGAAAACCAGGAGGCCAGCGGCGAUAGUGGCCAAAAACCAGGAGAGCAGGGACAAGAGGUCCUGCAUCCACGACCACGGAACAGGCAGCAGGUAGCCCAGCGUGCCACGUUCUCCGAGGUGCAGCUGCAAGAGCUGGAGCGCAUUUUCCAACGCAACGCCCACCCCGACUUGGUGAUGAGACAGGACAUUGCGACCCGAAUGAAUGUGCCUGAGGCCAGAGUGCAGGUUUGGUUUAAGAAUAGGAGGAGACAUCAGAGGGCAUUAAGACAGAGAAACAUGCACUCCGUGGCCCAGGGUAACCCCAUUGGCAUUAAUAUGGGUGGACCCCACAGUGCCAUCCUUAAUCCGCAACAUGUUUGGAUAUUCUAUCAGCAGCCGGCUUGGAUAUGGAAUCCUUAUCCACUGGGGUUGGGGCUUCUGCAGCCACCUAUGCUACCCUUUCCCCCUCUGUUCUUACCUCCUCCUCCACCCUUGUUUUAUCCACCUUUCCCUCCUGGUGGCCCGUUCCCACUGAGCGUAUCUGACCCAGAAUACCGCGCAAACACAGAGCCAAGAUCCAGCUCCUGGUGUCCAGCUACUACGACCCCCGGCUUGUACAGCCCAUGGGACAUUUCCUACGAAGUGGAAAUAAGAUCUGAAUCUGUGCAAGGUGCAGCACCAGAAGCCGAAGAAGAAGGCCACGUUGAGGAAGGAGAUCCGGUGCUCACGGAUGACAUCGACUGCGAAGGUGACAUCAACCACAAGAGCGACCACGAAGGUGACCACGACCAGAAAGGCAACAUCUGCCACGAAGGCGACAUGGACCACGAUGCCCACGGGAACCACACAGUCGACGAGAACCACAAGGGCGGAGGUGGCGACCAGGAGCCCGGGCAGCAGCUGGCUGAGGCAGCCCACGUGGCAGCUCCCACGGCUCCUGGGCAGGAGAACCUGUGGCCACGAAUCUGUCGCAUGAAGUUCAGGCCAGACCAACGGCAGGAGCUGGAAAGCAUUUUCAAGAACACUCAAUACCCGGACUUGAUCACAAGGAAGGACAUUGCAAGACGCCUAGGCACGACUGAAGCCAGAGUACUGGUCAGUAAACUUGAAAGAAGCCGUUUGGCAGGGGAGCCAUCCUAA